ACUAUUUCAUACACUGCGCACAUCUGGAAGACACACCAACUGCAGAUACAGAGAGAGAAGAAGAGGAGGAGGAGGAGGAGGAGAGAGAGAGAUUAAACAUGGAAGUGGAGAAGAUGAUGGGCAAAGUAGAUACUACUAAUAAUAAGGCUGAUGAGGAUGACGAUGAUGUUCCGCUGCCGGGGUUUCGGUUUCAUCCCACAGAUGAAGAGCUUGUAGGGUUUUAUCUUCGCCGGAAGGUUGAGAAUAGACCGAUCAGUAUUGAACUCAUCAAACAGAUUGACAUCUACAAAUACGACCCUUGGGAUCUUCCAAAAGCUAGUAAUGUGGGAGAUAAGGAGUGGUACUUCUUUUGCAGAAGAGGGAGAAAAUAUAGGAAUAGUAUAAGACCAAAUAGGGUGACUGGCUCUGGAUUUUGGAAAGCCACUGGCAUAGACAAGCCGAUAUACUCUGAAGGGCGUGACACCAUUGGACUCAAGAAAUCAUUGGUAUACUAUCGAGGAAGUGCAGGAAAAGGCACCAAAACCGAUUGGAUGAUGCACGAGUUUCGCCUACCGGCUGAUGAUCAGAAAAGCACCAACAAACACAUCGAUGCAAAAAACAAUAUUCCUCAAGAAGCUGAAGUUUGGACACUCUGUCGAAUUUUCAAGAGAAAUGUGUCAUACAGAAAGAUAACAGAUUGGAGAGAACAACCAGCUGCUAAACAAAACCCAGUUGAUGCAAGCUCCAAAACCUGCAGUGUAGAUUCUGAUAACAAUCCCCAAAGUUACAUCAGUUUCAGAGCUCCACUGCUUCGACAGACCGAAAAGAUGAAGCCCAGUGCUAAUCAUGUCAUUAACAACACGAACCAGUUCAUGUCCAGCCAAUUAAGCUCCAUAUCUCAAGUUCCAUCAACUGCGUCCUACUCUAGCUUUUCGAGUCCGGACAUGAACGGGUGCUUCACGUAUGGGGACUGGGAUGAGCUCAGAUCAGUUGUGGAGUUCGCUGUUGAUCCAUACCUUUUGUAAAUGACUCUCCAGUGAUUGCUAAUUACAUAAAAUUAAAUAAUAGGAAGUGGGAUUAUAUCUAUAUAUAUAUAUAUAUAUAUAUAUUGAAACUAGUUAGAUUACCCGCGGACUGAUUAACCAUCAAACUUCCCGUGUUUGAUUGACAGUUGAAACCAUAAGGCAUUUCAUUUUUGUUAUUAUUAUUAUUAUUUUUUUUUUUGGAUCUAAAUGAUAGAAACUGAUACAAUGUGUAAUUGUGUACUUGUAUUAAUUUGUUUAGAUAUAUACUUGGCAUGUUCUUAUA